ACGAACACAAGCUACAAGCUCUCCACUUUCUUCUCUUCUUCAUCUUAAAACAUCGGAGGCAGCCGACUGGAUCAGCUCGAGCUAAUAGCAUCUCUAUCCUUCUUACAACAGAGGCGCGAUGGAUAGGGGAUAUCGUGCGCUUUCCUCCUCCGAGAAGACCAAAGGAAAGGAGAAGGCGGAGACCAUGGAAGCAAGCAAAAUCAUUACUGUUGAAGGGGAGGAUAAGUCCAGUGCAGCAGGCGGCCUUUCCUUUGGCGAUAUAAGAGCAUAUGCAAGCCAAAGGGACGAAGCAACGGACGAUUUGGCGAAAAAAAUGCAGAAGAAAAUCGAAGAUGUCCAUAACAAGCCACAUAAUUACACCGCACCCAAAAACAUCAGCUCAGUUCCUGCAAGCACUGACGACCAUGAUAAGAAGCUUUAUGAACCAAGGGCGGUGGCCAUUGGCCCCUACUACCGGAAUAUGGAGGAUAAUAAUUUCGACAUCACAUAUGAACACAAACUGUGGUGUGCGGAAUUUAUAAUCGGCGAUUGUAACAAAAAAAACCUUGCAAAAUUCCUCGGUGAGAUGAAGAAGAAGGAAAAAGCAGCUCGGGAUUUUUGUCGUCAGAGUUAUAAGACAGACUACCCCAACAUGGAUCCCCAAAGUUUUCUGGAGAUGCUGAUGCUUGACAGCUGCUUCGUGUUGCUUGUGCUUUCAUUUCAUUUUGAUGUUGCCAAAGUAGUCGAUCAGUUUGCCAUACAACUGCAGGGCCCUAUGCCAUGGGCACUACGUGAUGUGGUGCGGGCAUCGGAGUUUCUCAAGACUGACUUGCUGUUGCGCAAAAACCAAAUCCCUUACUUCAUCAUUGUCGAUGCUUUCAAGAUGGUAAAGGAAGUCAAUCAAGGCAGAGAACCUAUCAUCAUUUCCCUAAAAGAGAAAGGCUCGAUCACGGAAGUUGCUUUCGAGUUUUUUGAUACUCUUGGUCUAGGAUGGAGCGAUUUUCCGCUCGGUCUAGAAAAGAAGGUUGAUAGUCUGCUUCAUUUGUACUACUUGUCUUUGGGGCCAAAGUCUUUGCGUUCACUGUCCCUUAUAGAAAUUUAUAGGGCAAAUUUUGUGACUCUCGAUCCACGACGAUCUAUCCCCAGCGCAACAGAGCUCCAAGAGAAGUCCGCGAUGAAGUUUAAGGCGGAAAAAAAGGCACAUAGCGUACUGGACGUAACGUGCAAAAAUGGAGUUAUCCGGAUGCCGGCAUUGCACGUCUAUGAUUUCACCGAUAUUCUCCUCCAUAAUCUAAUCGGCUAUGAGCAGCCUCUUUCAACGAUGGAUUCGUACAUCACAGCCUACGUCGCUUUCAUGGUUCGCAUGGUGCGGAAAGAAGGAGACGUGGAGCUGCUUGAAAAUAGUGGGGUGUUGGAGCACGGAUUUACCGACUCUGCGGAGGUGGUCGCUUUCUUCAGACAAUUACAUAAUGUGAUCGACCGUUCUAAGACGCCGGGUUAUUUAGAUGACCUAUACACUGAGGUGACGAAUUCUUACAAAAACCCGUGGCGCAGAAUGUAUGCCGAUGCGAAGAAACGUUAUUGCUCCAGUGUAUGGGUGAGCAUCACGGUUGUUGCCGGUGUGGUUCUAUCAGUUCUCACCCUCAUCGAGACAAUCUAUGCCAUCAUCGGCUUCUAUCAAAGUUGAAUAUAUAGCACCGCUGCUCGCUGGGAACAGCGUCUGAUGUUAUUCUGAGUAACUCUCUGCAUGUAACAUCCAUCUCGGAUGAUCAGUCCCAGUUGUUUCAGUUGUGAUGUUCUUUCCCGUGUUAGAUUGUAAGCUGUCUGAUGUCUCUCCCCUUGAUUUCAGGGAUCCUCCUCCCUCCAUUCGGGGAGAUGAUGCAUUUUUCAUCUUAUUUUGGUGCAGUAAGUGUGGUAGUUACAUCCUUGUAUGAAUUCUCCCCGUUAACGUAAAUUAAGCUUGCAUGUGCAACUCAUUAAAA